AUGGGCGAACGAUUCGACAUACAGCAUCCUUACCAGAUAGCAUUAUGGGCUCCACGCCCAACGCAAACAUCGAUAGUAUACGCAAAGUGCUGGUUCUUGGGGAAAAUCGACUGUCAGCUUCGAUUCUGUCCGGACUUUCUCAAGCCUCCAGCACACACUAUGAGCUUCAUUUAGCUGUGCAUCAGAAAUCAUCAUCAUCCCCCAAUUCCCGCACUUCCGUCCACACCACCGACUUCUCGACCGAAUCGCUGAAAGCCAUCUUCAACGAGCUCAAACCAGACGUCGUCUUCAGCACCUCUCACGGCGGAUCCUUCGACACACAGAGAACCAUCAUCGACGCCGCCAUCACUGCUGGCGUGUCACGCUUCGUCCCCGCAGAGUUCGGCCAAGACAGCCAGAACACCGCCCUCCACGACCGCUUACCACCUCUCAAAGGUCGUUGGAAAUGCAUACAAUACCUGAAAGAGCUCAGCGAUAAAGGCACAAUAGAAUGGGUCGCUCCAGCGACAGGCAUACAACUAGACGCAGCUAUCAUGAGUGGAAACAUUGGCUUCGACCUCAAAUGGCAGAGUGUGACAGUGCACGGUACAGGCGAAGAAGAAUUCGCUGCGAGUAGUACGCAAUGGAAUGGAAAAGUCGCAGCCGCGAUUCUCAAGAAUUGGAGUAGUGUUAAGAAUCAAUAUCUUUAUGUUCCGGGUAUGAUUACCAGUGUGCAUACCUGUCUGGAAGCUUUGCAAAACGUUACGAGACAGGAAUGGGAGCGAGGGAAUAAUGAGGUGGAGGAUAUGGUCAGAGAGGCGGAAAGGAGGAUUGAGAGGGGGUUCCCAGAUGCGGGGAUGUUCCUUUUGGAGAAGAGUGUUUUGUGUGAUGAGGGGUUGAAUGCUGUGGGACCUUUUCGGGAGAGAGAUGGGAAGGGAGUGCUGGGGUUGGAGGGAGAGAGGGUUGAGGAUAUUGUGGGGAAGGUUGUGCAUGAGUUUCAACAUCAUGGGAAAGUGGAUUGUGGAUGUGGGUAGGCUUGGUAUUGAAAGACCGUUCAAGCUCGAAUGCUGAGUCUCACGGUCGUUGAUGAGAUUCUUGUGAGUGCAUUGAUGUUGCUGCGACUGUGAGGGCGUACCUUCCACCCUUAGCCAUCUGACUGUAGAGUGUUGUACGCCCGGUCUGGUCCCCAUUGCGCUUCGAGGAGGACGUCCGAUCCCCGGUCUCAAGAUCCGAUUCCAUCGUAUCCUUUCUUCAAAUUCCAAGGCAUCCAAGUUUUUCAGCUGCGUUGAAGUCAUCUGGGAUGGCAGCAAAC